UUACUUUUAAAGUACUGCGAACAAAACGUCACACUUACUCCGCAAUUAUGAGACUGGCAAACAAGGAUCUCUGCCAACAUUUCAAGAAUGCAGGACUCGAUUUGGCCAAGCUAACACAUCGCCGCAAAAUCGAAAUUAUUUCCGUUUAUUUCACCUGGAUCAGCCUGAUGAUGAACACCUGGGAGCUCAGCACCUAUUGUUUGGAUGAAAUCACUGGCACUCUGCAAACGAUUCAAUUUUGGAUGGCGCAUUGCUAUAACAUGGUUAUUCCUAAUCAAAAGUAAAGUUGUAAGCUGCAAAUUAACGUUGGGUCGUACAAGAGCUGAAAUAAAUAAAUAUUUUAUAAUG